AUGACCUUCAAGCAUCCCUUGGACCAGUUGAGCGCCGAUGAAGUCAAUGUUGCUCGACAGGCCGUCCUCGACGCCCGCAAAGCUGCCAUUCUCUUCCGCAACAUCUUCACUGUUGAGCCCGCCAAGGCCGAGCUGGUCAAGUUCCUCGCCGCCGAGCAUGCAGGAACUCUUACCUCCGAGACCCCCCGACCUCCUCGCCAGGCUCGUGUUCAGUACGACGUGGUCUUCGAGGACCGGAGCCAUGAGUACAUGGAAUCAGUGAUCGAUGUCGCCUCGGGCAAGGAAGUCGAGCACAGACGGGUGCCUCCAACUUCGCAACAAUCCCUGACAGUGGAUGAGUUUAGGGAGUUCAACGAGGUGUGCGUGGAAUCAGAGAUGUUUAAAAGGGCUAUCAAAGAGCUCAACCUCGACGAGAAGUUCGAGGUCGCUAUCGAUCCAUGGCCUUAUGGCGGCCCAGACGUCGGCGAGGUCGCCCCAAGGCAAGUGUAUACUCAAGGUCUAUGCUUCGCCAAACUACGAAAUGGCAACCCCGAUAGCAAUCAUUAUGGGUUCCCUCUGCCCAUCAUUCCAGUGAUGGAUACCUACAAGAAGGAAAUUGUUCGGAUUGAACGUCUUGCCACCGGCGGUACCGAGGAUGGCCUCAACUAUGGCACAACCGGCCAAAAUGUCCUGGAACAUUGUAAACCGGCUGAAUACGUUCCCGAACUGCUGGAUACCCCGCUUCGCAAAGACGUGAAACCCUUGAACGUGGUCCAGCCCGAUGGGCCAUCAUUCACUGUGAGCGAUGACUCUUUGAUCGAGUGGCAAAAAUGGAGGUUUCGAGUUGGAUUCACUCCUCGUGAGUGUGCCGUCCUUCAUGACAUCCACUACGACGGUCGAAGCGUGCUCUAUCGCUUGAGCUUGUCCGAGAUGACUGUUCCCUACGGUGAUCCUCGACCGCCGUUUCAGCGGAAGCAGGCUUUCGAUUUUGGAGACGCUGGCGCAGGUAGAGCUGCAAACAAUCUUGCGCUUGGCUGUGACUGUCUGGGUGCCAUCAAGUAUAUUGACGCAAUGCUCGUGGACUCGGAAGGCAAGCCCUCGGUGUCGAAAAACGUCGUGUGUAUCCACGAGCAAGAUAAUGGAAUUGGUUGGAAACACACCAACUUCAGAACCAAUCGAGCAGUGGUGACGAGACUGCGAGAACUGGUCGUUCAGUUCAUCAUUACACUGGCAAACUACGAAUACAUCUUUGCCUACAAGUUUGAUCAGGCCGGAGGCAUCACGAUAGAGACCCGAGCCACCGGAAUUGUCUCGGUGGUCAACAUUGACCCUGACAAGGUGAGCCCUUAUGGCAACGUCGUAUCACCUGGCGCCCUCGCCCAAAAUCACCAGCAUAUUUUUGCCGUCCGGAUCGAUCCGGCCAUCGAUGGCCAUUCCAACACCAUUCUCACCGAAGAAUCCCUACCGAUUCCCAUGAACCCGAAGACGAAUCCGCACGGCAAUGGCUACGAAAUCGUCCGUAAGCCUGUCACCAAGUCGACAUCGAUUCACGCCUCUCCUUUCACAAACCUGACCAUCAAAAUGACCAAUCCUAACAAGGUCAAUCCUGUCUCGAAACGACCUGUCUCAUACAAGUUUAUUCCCACGCCGUCCCAAUUGAUCCUCGCAGACCCCGAGUCGGUUGUCGCCAAGCGAGCAGCGUACGCCCACCACCACGUAUGGGUCACCAAAUACCGGGACAAUGAACUUUUCGCAGCAGGAGAAUUCACGAAUCAAUCACAGCUCGAGGUAGGUGGAGUGGCGGACAUGGCUGCGCGCAACGACGACGUGGAAAACGACGACGUUGUCGUCUGGAACGUGUUUGGUCUUACCCACAACCCGCGCGUAGAAGAUUGGCCUGUCAUGCCUGUGGAGAUUCACCAGGUCCAUUUGCGUCCGGCGGACUUUUUCGAGAGGAACCCUGCCCUCGACGUGCCUGGCAACAAGAACAUCGCCAGCGUCGAGGUUGGAAGAGAGACAAACGGAGAAUGCUGUCACGCGAAUGGGAAUGGAGCCGUACAGGCCGAUCCGACCUCGCAUCUGCAAGGUACAGGAAGCACGCCUGUUGCGGCAGUCAACGGACACUAG